AUGCGAAUAAUCUACCCCACAUUAAGCUAUGACGCUGCUCUGGACCAAGCUAAAUGUUCGACAUUACGCGCAAGACGUGAUGGUUUGUGUAUAAAAACGUUUGACAAAAUCAGACAGCCUGAUUCACGCCUUAAUCAUUUAAUACCACCUUCUCGGGCCAAUGGACACAAUCGUAAUUUAAGGUACGGAAAUAGAUUAACACUGUUUCCUUGUAAGACGGAGCGCUUUAAGAAAAGCUUUUUUCCUACUAUGUGUAUUCAAUCACAUAAUUUAUAAAUUUUGUAAAUUUUGUAAAUGUAAAAGUUCUUUCGAUAUUAAUUCAUAGAUCAGUAAACUAUUGUUGUAAUAUAAUGCCAGUAACACAAGGUACUUUUUAAUACUUUUAACUAAAGUUUGUAAAUAAUUUCGCAAUUCGCUUUCAUCGAGCGCGACGAUUUUUAUAAUAAACCAUUAAUAAUAAUAUAUAUAUAUAUAUAUAUAUAUAUAUAUAUAUAUAUAUAUAUAUAUAUAUAUAUAUAUAUAUAUAUAUAUAUAUAUAUAUAUAUAUAUAUAUAUAUAUAUAUAUACGUGCAUUGCAUUCAGUAUUGUUUAACUUAAAUUUUGAUAUACGCCCUGUGCAAUUUCGUGCAAUAUUUUUUCCUGAAAAUGUUGGCGAAGGGAGGGGGGAGGGGGGGGUGUUAAGUCAGUUUUCCGAAAAUUUAAGCGCCCUGUACAACCAUGGCAAUAAAAGCCCUCUGUAGAACCUUUGCGUUGCCUGCGCGAAAAAAAUCACCCGUGGAACUUACAAUCGUGGCCAGUAGUUUGCAGAACGCGCGGCAAUAAUAUAAUUGUGUGCGCAAGUACUUCAUCUUGUCCCCAUAUUCCGUGUAAAAAUUCCCCCCUCCCCUCUUCACCUUAAUUCAUUUCAAUGAUGACGUGACUGUGAAUGCGUUAUCAUCGUGUCAUGUCCAGUUCAAAUAAAAUAGUAAAAAAUUCAACAUUCAUGAGGCGAUAAGGGGAUUUUUUGGUUCAGAGAUAAAAACUCUGAAAUUGAAUGCAUCCGUCGUUUCACAACAAUUGGUCAUGACUGUACGCUUUACCUAAACUGCAAUAUCGAAAAGAGUAGAACAUGGAAUGUCGUACCAUCGUGCCGGGACAUUAACACAAUAUUUAAAUUAUUUACCUUCUAUGGACUGUGGGGGUUAUUUUGUGAAUGCAACACAUUUUAUCGUUUUAGAUGGGUGAACAUAGUUUUGGAUCGUAUACUUUUCAGGAUUAAUGGAUUCAACAAAUCUAUGUUAGAAGAUCGUGACAGCCUUAUCCAGCGAAUGAAUGCACUUCAUAGGAAGAUAUUGAUGCUUCAGGAAGCACGUCAACAGGAAAUAGAUGAACUGAAAAGAAAGUUUGUGGAUGAAACGGAAAAUAUUGUCGAUGCGCUUGUUGAUUACCUUCGAUCCUCGGAAUUCGAAAGAAAAUUUACAACAUGGGAAAGUGACGAAAUCCCGGCCGCUGAAGAGUUGUGGAAACUGACGAAGACUAAAAUUCAAAAAGCAUUGGAGGAUAGAUUUGAGAAAUUUUUGACAAAAUGGGAAGAGAGGAAUGGUGUCCACGCCAAAGUACACGACGAACUUGUCCAAUGUUUUCAAUCAAGGUCUGAAUUUUAACUUGCAUCACAUUGCAAUGUAUUGUAUCGGUAGUAGUAUUGGCAUUUUCACUGUACUGUACUGUACUGUACUGUACUGUACUGUACUGUACUGUACUGUACUGUACUGUACUGUACUGUACUGUACUGUACUGUACUGUACUGUACUGUACUGCACUGUACUGUACUGUACUGGAUUGUGUUGCGUUCUGUUUUAUUGUAUUGUGUUGUGUUGUGUUGCGUUGCGUUGCGUUGCGCUGCGUCGCGCUGCGCUGCACUGCACUGCACUGCACUGCACUGCACUGCACUGCACUGCACUGCACUGCACUGUGCUGUGCGGAGAUAAAUUGUAUUGUACCGUAUCGUAUUGCACUUUGGAAAGUUUACUGUAGGUAAUUAAUGAAUUACUGAAUUUUUACCUUAAUUAACAUAAGAAAGCUAUUGUAUUUCAUUAUAUAACUUGAAAAUGAUAUUAAAGCCAUUUUUAUUAUUUUUAAGAUUCCGUCUCGCUGAAGCUGAGAUAAAAGAAAUAGAAGACAUAAUUCACACCCAACAUUCCCAAUGUAGUUCUGAAUCUACUGAGAAAGUUAAAAAAGUACUUCGAUUUAAUAUCCGCACAAAGGUUAUAAUUGGAGUUACAAGUCCCCUAUGGGUCACAGUUGGUGUUGCGAGUUUGAUUAUAGCACUUCCGGCGCUUGCUAUCAGAAAGGGUCGACGCAGUAUUGAAGAAAGAAUGCAGAUUGAUGAGUAUCGAAAAGAUCGAGAAGGAUUUUUAACAAAAAAAUCCAAGACGUUUUUAGCUUAUGUAACUAAAGAAAAAGUACGCGAGUUUGUUAAGGAACAGAUGCAUCUAGCAGAUGCAAUGUUGCAAGAAUAUGUGUCCAGAAUUCCGAGAAUCCUCGAAGCGAACAGAAGAAUGGCUUCGGAAUUGAUGCAUGAGACGCGAUCUAAAGAUGAGGUAUGGCGAUCCAACUUACCCGUAUUCAACAAAUGUAUGGAAUUGAAAAAAAUGCUGUCUAAAUUUGGUAUCCAAAUCUGGUCUGAAACGAUCAGUUCUAGCCAGCUCAAUUGGAGUGAGGAUCCUUUAAUUGGAGAAGGUGAAUUUGCUUCAGUUUAUUCGGGUGUCUUAAGCAGUGGCGACGCAGAAAAUUUCGAAGACAGCCGCCCUGUAGUAAACGUGGCUGUUAAGGUUUUUAAACAACCUUUUGACAGUGGAAAUGCCAAAUUAUUUCUGAAAAACGAAGCCAAAUUAAGGUAAGUUAUACUGGAAUCAUAGGCGUACGAGUCAGGGAGCAGAGUGGGCAACUGCCCCCCCCCCCCAAAAAAAACCCAACAACUUUAGAGAACCAUGGAAAUUCGGGCAAAUGCUAAAAAUAAUCAAGACUAUUCUGGCAGAUUUAUUUAAAUUCAGGUUAUUUCAUUACAAUCCUUCUCAACUGCCCCCCCCCGGAAGGAUUAGCCUCGUACGCACAUGGCUAGAAUGAUGAUAUAACGUUAACUACGUCCCUUUAUCUGUAGGUGUUUAGUUUUACAGCGACCUCGUCAAACAUUCUGGGGUCGGUUGUAUAAAACUCUUAACUACCUUUUUACAAUUAUUUUGAAGUUAAAAAAAAGGUAGCCCUAAAAUAUGCGAUUUUGAUUGGUCAACUUUCGCACUAACUGUAGUUAACUUUAACUAGCUUUUUAUACGACUGGCCCAAGGAGUAAUUACAUACAGUUGAUUUCACAUAACUUUCCAUAAAUAUUGCGUACUUGGUUCCGAACUUGUGAAGUAUUAGUACCAUAAACGUUUCGCCUAUAUAUGUAGAGAUGUUCUUUUUUGACAUUUAUACAAUUAUAUCAUAUGUUUUAAGAAACUAUUUCGCCUAUUUUAAAAAUAAAUUAUCUUACUACUCGGAGUUGAUUGUUGUACAUCACUUAAAAAAACACGGUUUGUUUUGACCACGCCCUAACCACGCGCUAGCCACGCCUUUUUGUCGGCAAAAUGUUGUCUUGCACCCCCCCAAAAGGAUAGCCUUCGCUCCGCCCCUGGUGAAGUUCAAAAGUUCAUACUGAAAUUUACAAGCCGGUUUGUAAACAAUGCAUUUGAUUGGCUUAUAUUUGUUCCGGGACCAAUCAGAGGCUUUAUUUUUUGUUUGCAAACCGGCUUGUGAAUUUCAGCAUGAACUUUUGAACUUCACAACGAAGUUCGGAACGAAGUACACAAUAGUUAGGGAAAAGUUAUGUGAAAUCAACUGUAAAAUAAUUAUGACCGUUCGACAGUGACAUUGUUUCUCUUUAUAUAUUGCCGUUCAGGAAGUUGCAGCACCGAAAUGUGUGCAAGUUUUUUGGUGCGACCAUUAAGAAAGAUCAUACAUCACCAGAAAUGAGCAGAAUCGUACUGGUCAUGGCAAUUUAUCAUCAAAAUCUCCGCAGUGUCAUUUUUCACGACGAUUUCAUACAUCCUGCCUAUGCCGUUGCCACGUCUGCGAUUGUAAAAUUUCUGGAAUGGGCUUCGCAAAUUGCAGACGCCUUGUCAUACAUACAUGGUUUGAAAUUGAUUCACAAACAUCUAAAAUUGGAAAACAUACUGGUUAGUAUUUACUGUAUCAACAAUUAA